AUGACGUGGGAUCAGGACGAACGACCGGUGUUCCGCCCCACCCACGACUUCCCCGUCAACAUCCCCACCAUCGAUAACGUCUACCACCGCUAUAUCUUCGAAAACCGCCAGGACUCCGAGGAUAAGUGUGGCCGAGCCAGUCUCGGUAAUUUAGGGUUUGGCCGGCUCCAGGCGUUCAUAUGCUCAGUGAUCCCUUUGGGAGUGAUUGAACGUAAUGAGAUUAUUAGCUCCGUGAUGCGGGUGGAGCUGUUGGAGUGGAUGGGGGCUCGGUUAGGGCUCGCUCUGCCGUCAUCGCCGUCACCACCACAAAUGCCGACGGAGUGUCUUUUUGUCGUCUAUUUAGGGGCGCUAUGGUACCAGUGGGGGGAACGCAACCUGUUCUAUUGGCUCUGUGGGUUGUACAAGUCGAUCUUUAUUGAACUUGAACAGAGAGGUAUAAAAGUACCGGCAUUUGCUGAGUACCUCGCCUUUAAACGCCGCCAUUGCCAACUGACAACUACUGCUACUCCAGUGGUACGCAAACGCAGUGUCGAACACGACGACGACGAAAGGGCAGCGAAACGAAUGAUGACAAAGUGA